AUGGCUGAUACAACAGCGAGGCCGACGAUCACAUUGUACACGGCAGCGACUCCGAACGGCAUCAAGAUAUCAAUUGCGUUGGAAGUCUUGGGCCUGCCAUACAAAACCCACCAUCUCGACCUCUCCACCAACGCCCAAAAGGAACCGUGGUUCCUCGAUAUCAACCCGAACGGUCGAAUCCCAGUAAUCACCGAUACAUUAUCCGAUGGUUCACCCAUCCGCGUCUUCGAGUCGGGAUCAAUUCUCCUCUACCUAGCGGAGCGAUACGACACGGAGCUCAAAGUUUCAUACCAGAGCGGUUCACCAGAGUACUUCGAAACGAUCAGCUGGCUGUUCUGGCAAAACGCCGGGCUGGGGCCGAUGCAAGGCCAGGCGAACCACUUCCGACGAUACGCGCCGGAGAAGGAGCAGCAGGGGUACAGUCUGAACCGAUACCAAGCCGAGACGAGGCGUCUGUAUGGCGUUCUCGGAGCGCACCUCGGCAGGAAGAAGUCGCCAUUCCUGGUGGGCGACAAAGCCACGAUUGCCGACUUCUCCGUCUUGAGUUGGACGCUGUUUGCAGACUGGGCGGGCGUGGAUAUCGAUGAGUUUCCACUGGUGAAGAGUUGGGAGGAGCGCGUGUGUGCGAUUCCCGGGGUGAUCAACGGAACAGAGGUGCCGAAGCCGACGUUGGAUUUGAGGCACAUGUCAGCCAGACAGAAGGAGGAGUAUGCGCGAAAGGCGAGCAGGUGGAUUGUUCAAGAUGCAGGUAAACAGUAA